UAGAGGGUUUAGGAUUUGCUCUGAAGUUAAAAUCUCCGAACUGAGUUCUGAGCUAAACCCUUCAUCCGAAGCAGAAAGCUAUGAACUUGGAUAAGUGCUUCUCCAAUUUCCAAAAUGUACUCUCCGAUAUCCAAACAAACCUUUCUGCACUCGCCCAUAACAACCCUCACGCGCGCCCUCCCUUUCACAACGCACUCUCCGCUCUCCACCGGGCCUUCCAGGGCCCAACAUUGAGCCCACCGUGGGCCCGGGUCGCUCAGAGCAUCAUGCCGAUGCCGAGGCAACCCAUGUCAUGGGAGGCAAUCGAGGAGCGGCUUGAGGGCGUUCCCGUGUACGCGCUCAGCAACGCGUCGGAGGAGUUCUUGCUGGUUGCCGGAGUCUCCACCGGCAAGAAUCUCGGCCUCUUCUGCUUCAACGAAGACGACGCCCAAGCUCUGCUCCGCCAGGUUUCAACCGUGGACCCUCGCAUGCGUGACGGCUCCAAAGUUGUUCCCGUUGCGCUCAACAAGGUUUUUCAGCUGAAGGUGAAUGGCGUGGCAUUUAGAUUGAUACCUGAGCAAUCUCAAGUAAAGAAUGCCCUGCGAGUGAGGGAGAAAUCUGGCUUUGCUGCCAAUAGCUUUCCUGGUGUUCCUGUUUUCCAGUCUAAAAGUCUGAUAUUGAAGAGCCAGGAUAAAAGAUAUCGUCCACUUUUCUUCAGAAAGGAGGACCUAGAAAAAUCACUUCACAGGGCAUCCAGUGAUCAGAAUCAAUUAAACCCCACUUUAAGGCAAGGGGAUAUUCAGGUUGCCACUCUAGAAGAUGUAAUAAAGCAAAUGAAGGAAAAUUCAACAUCGAAAUGGGAAGAUGUUGUUUUUAUACCUCCUGGGUUUGAUGUCUCAACUGAUCCCAGAAAGCAGAGGACACCAUGAUCCGCAAGUGAAAUUUACUCAUUCGUCCAACCUUUCAUACUUCUGGUACACACAGUUAUUUAGGGCUUUGUGCAUAUAACCAACUCUGGACUAUAAAGCAAAAUCUGUCAUUGGAGUUUGGAUUUCCUCAUUUUUCUCCUGUGUUUUUUAGUUAUCAAUCAUCAACUAGGUUGGGGUGGACUUCAGAGUUCAUAAUCACUGUCAGCUCACUUUAAUUGUGGAUAUUUAGCACAUAGUCAUGCAUAGGCACUCCAACUGAAAUUUCAUGUAAUACUAGGAGAUGCAUCAAUUGAUGGAGAGAAUGCUAUGAGGCUGAAUUUUUAAUGGUAAGAUCUUACAUGGUAAUUCAUGACAA